AUGGACGCGAUCCUCUUCCAUGCGCCGUACGACGCGCUCAUCGCACUCAGGGGCACGUGCCGCGCCUUGCGGGCGCGCGUCGACGCAUACCUCCACCUGGUGGUAUCCGACGCCAACCCCGGCACCGACAUUGUCGUCUCGUAUCCGGCCACGCGGCUCGGCCUCGCCAUGCCCAAGUGGUCGCGCAUCUGCCGGGACCCGAACGCCGCCCACGCGAUGGCACGUGCCCAGGUCGUCGACUUCCACCUGCCGCUCCGGGCCAACGUGAAGCAGUACGCCUCGAGCCUCGGCGAACAUGUCCACACUGCUCGCUUUCUGCCCGGUGGGAAAAGCCGCGGGAUCGUGGCACUCGCCAUGCCGCCGGGCCUUCCACCACCCACCCAGGUCGUGAGCUUCACGCCGGUCGAGGGCUGUCUCCGCUGCUGCGCCGGGGAAGCCGAGAUACCAAACACCUUUGCGCUAGGUGUGCAGGAGGGCGUGAAGCGCUUCGCGCUUAAUGUUCGCUACAACCCCGACCAUCCUUGGCUCGAUCACCAGACGAUGCUGCGGUUCUUUGUCGUCGAUAGCCUGGAGCAGGUCGUCGUACUCUUCAGCGCCGAGAAGGGAACUUGCGGGACCUGCCCUCGGCCCGACAGCGACAUUGGCCCGCCGGGGUGGCUUCUCGAGCUCCUUGCGACACUCACUCUUCACGCAUUGGCGAAACCGUCACUGCGGAUCACGCUCGUAGGUGUGCAAGAUCACCACAGGUUGUGGCUCCCCUACGGCGAAGUGCACGGCCCCACGCUCGAGGAGAGCAUCCGUGGAGGUGUCGUGGACCGGGUCGAUCAACUUCUAGAAGAGGAAGCCGGCUACCAGUGCAACUGCGUCAAAGCCCCGCCGCAGGUCGCCGAAGAGGACGUGCGCGAUUACGUCCAAGGCAUGCGGUUUGUCUCUUGCGCCGAGUACAGGCAAGAGGUUGGCGAAAUGCAGUAUGGGCUGGAGAAGGCGGUGUGA